AUGUCUGAAGAGAACCUUCCAGCUGUUGUCAACACUUUUAAUCAUGCAUUUAGCAUGUAAGUCAUUGCAUUUUGCCGUAUUUUAGCUACUUUUUCCAAAUAAUUUGACUUUUUCAGGGUCUUGAACUAUGUGCCGGCUUCGGAGAAGUAUUCAAUACUGCUAGCGUAAGUUUGUUUGAAAUUUUUUGGAUGUUUGUGUUUUAGGAUGACGGAAUUGCUGGAGAAGUUUUGCGUGGAUCAAGCGAAGCCGGUGAUGGUCCGAAAAUUGUUGCUGAAUUCCUUGAACAACCCGGACUUCCAGGACGAUUCGCAAGUAGAGCCUUUGAUGCGUUGCUACAAAACGAUGGCAAGUUUAAGAUGCCAAUUGAAACUAGCGAUUUUAGUCCAGAUACAGCAGCUCCAUGGAUCGUGUCAAAUUCAUGCAGAUGCUGAAGGAGACGUCCAAGUUCUACUGGCAAUAUUAUUCAGUAUUUGGCGAGGUGUUGCUCGAGGAGGAUCGAGCUGACGAGAUCAAUGAGUUAUUUGAGGAGUGCUUCCGGAACUGCACCAUUUCCCCGCAAGAGUUCAGAGAGAAUGUUUGGUAAGUUGGUUCGCUUGUUAGACUUUCGAUUUUUAGUGAUGACCUCAAGAAAUACGUGACUACUGAUGUUGAUGGACAGACAACUGCUCUGUUUUCGACUCCGGUCGAGACUGAGGACACGUUGAUGUUGUUCAAGCCCAAAACUCAAGAGCAGAAGGUCGCCAAUCUGAACGACACGGAGCGUCUCUACGACAGACCUCUGCGAAAUGUCGAGAAUUCAUUUUUACUGGGAACCCCCGGAAAACCAAACAGAUUCUGUGCUCCACGAGUCGACGGAGUCAAGUUCUUGGUGAGUUGGUCGGAUAAAACAAGUUGCCCCAGAAGUUGUCAAAAUUUUUACGGUGAGAUUUUCAGGAUCUGGUGUCUGCUCCGCACAAAGAUUUGGAAGGUGUCUUCUCCGUGGUGGGCUAUCAUUUGGCGCGGUUGAUCAGUGGAGGAAAAAUGAAGGGAGUCGUCGAACCUCGCCGAGUUUAUUUCAAUUCUAAGUGAGUAAUUUCUAUAUUUUUUUUUUAUAAUUUUAGGAUCCCAAAAGACGCCACAUUUGGCGAGUUGCUGAAACAUGACCUCCUGGUGGUGGUGGAUGAUCCCGGCUGUUUGAUGGAGGAGAACAAAGAGGAAUCGGUCCGAGGUUACCUCUCCUGCAUGCACUUCUUGAUGUUUGGAAGCCCGUUGAAAACGAGAGUUUUGGGUGGCCAAGUGGGGUUGGCGGAGCAUUACGUCAAGUCGUAAGUGACCUUUGUCCCCAUUGAUUUCGGUUUUUAGGGCCUGGCUCGAUGGAAUUAUGUGGAGCGAAAUUUUUAAAGAACUGUUGAACUCGAAUGGAGCUGUAGACUGGAAUCAUUUGAUCCAGAAACUUCAAGAAUUCUUGGACGAUGCUGUGGAUCUCAGCCUGCCGGGAUAUUUGGGUUCGGUCGACGAAUUUAAUCGAAUUUUUGACCAAUGUGAACGGUAG